UGGAUGUGUUCCUAGUCGUCAUCACAUGUCAUAAAGUGUGGUAUGUUGCUAUACUUCCUCCAUUGGUCACUGUAAGCUUUUCCUUUUCUUCCCUCCAUCCACCUCUCAGUCAUAUGACAUAUCAGGCACAUCCUCAACAGCUUUUAUUGCAUAUUAGGUUUCUUUCUUUAGCAGAAUUGUCACGAGAGAGAGAGAGAGAGAAAGAGAGAGAGAGAGAGAGAGAGAGAGAGAGAGAGAGAGAGAGAGCUCACUUGCAGCUUCAUCUCAAAUAAACUUUCUCACUCAAUACCUUGGAGAAUUUAGGAGUCUGAUCACAUGGCAAAAUCUAGUUGGGGUUUUGUUUUUUCUGGUAUAAGAAUUGGUUUACAGUUUAUAAAGCACUGCUUUUUUCUGGGUUUUUGGAUCCCCUACUUAAUUUUUUUGACCAGCUGAGUUAUACAAUUUAUAAAUUAUUGGGUCUUGUUCCCUUUCCUCCUUCAUAGGCUUCAUUGGGUUCUGCACAGCUUUAAUUUGGCCUCCCCAAUGAAUAUUUGAACCUUAGCCUGUCUGUCUGUCUGUCUGUCUGUCUGUCUCUCUCUCUCUCUCUCUCUCUCUGUGUCUAUCCCCCACACUAUUAUAAUGUUCACACUGGUCUGCGUUGGAUUACAACACUGAGGGAGUUGGUUGGUUAACUGGGAAGGGCAGAUCGGGUGUAGAGAUUACUUGUGUUGGGAAAUUCUGUUUGGCUUUAGAUUUGUGUCUCUGUUUGUUUGGCUAAGAAGUUUGUGCUGGUUGUUGCAAUGGGGAAGCUAAGUUUGGGCGGAGUGCUGGACAGGUUUUGUCUUUCUUCUGCUGGCUCAGGUUCUUGUUUCUGCUUGAACUGGUCGAAACACCAAGACGAGUUCGAAAGAAGUCCGUUGGUAACCGGCGAAAAGGAUCAGUUUCUAAAACUGAAGGAUGUCGUUGCCGGAAAACAGACGUUGGCCUUUCAGUUGAAGCCCAAGAUGGUUAUGCUAAGGGUUUCCAUGCACUGUCAUGGAUGUGCCAAAAAAGUUGAGAAGCAUAUCUCAAAGAUAGAAGGCGUAACUUCUUACAAAGUAGACUUGGAGAGCAAGAUGGUGGUUGUGAUUGGAGACGUUCUUCCUCUCGAAGUGCUAGAGAGCAUCUCCAAGGUUAAAAGUGCUGAGAUUUGGAACUCCUCAUGAUGAAAUGAGGAACAAAAUAUAGGCACUAUGAUAUACACUUUUAAGUUCGGUCUAUGUACCCUAUAUAUGCAAUUGCAAUCUCUUGUCGAAUGAUAUCGAUCGCUAGGCAUCUUAAUUGUAAGAUGGCGUUGUAUAUAUUAUCAUUGCCAGAUUAACUUGGGUUUGAGAGUGCUAUCUGACGUCGGAAAUGAGUGUCUUGUAAUAGUUAUUUAGAGAGUAAUGUUUGAGACCAUAUAUUUAAAUUAUAUUUUGUGAA